UGCAGCGCUGCAGCUGAUCGCCGAGGACCUGGACGAGAGCUCGGACCCGGCCCUGCUCGCCCGCUGCUCCGACUUCUUCAUCAAGCACUCCCAGUACCAGAAGGCCGUCGAGAUGCUGGUGGCGGCCAAGAAGUACCACGAGGCCCUGCAGCUGUGCCUGGACCAGAGCCUGACCAUCACAGAGGAGCUGGCGGAGAGCAUGACCGUGUCGCGGGACUCCAAGGACCUGCCGGAGGACGCCCGCAAGGAGCUGCUGGAGAAGAUCGCCGACUGCUGCAUGCGCCAGGGGAACUACCACUUAGCCACCAAGAAGUACACGCAGGCCGGCAGCAAGCUCAAGGCCAUGAGGGCGCUCCUGAAGUCCGGAGACACGGAGAAGAUCGUCUUCUUCGCGGGGGUUUCCCGCCAGAAGGAGAUCUACAUCAUGGCUGCCAACUACCUGCAGUCGCUGGACUGGCGCAAGGACCCCGAGAUCAUGAAGAACAUCAUCGGCUUCUACACCAAAGGGAGGGCCCUCGACCUGCUGGCCGGCUUCUACGAGGCCUGCGCCCAGGUGGAGAUCGAUGACUACCAGAACUACGAGAAGGCCCUGGGGGCGCUGACGGAGGCCUACAAGUGCCUGGCCAAAGCCAAAAUGCGCAGCGCGGAGGAGCAGGAGGGCAGGCUGGCCGAGCUGCAGCACAGGAUCACCCUGGUGAAGAGGUUCGUCCAGGCACGCAGGGUGUAUGAGGAGGACCCAGGGGAGGCUGUGCGCUUGUGUGACACGCUGCUAGAGGAGGCGGAUCUGGACCCUGCCGUCCGUAUCGGAGACGCUUACGGCUUCCUGGUGGAGCACCACUGCCAGCAGGGCAGCUACCAGGUGGCCCACCGCAAGCUGGAGGAGAUGCUGAAGCGGCUGCCCUCCGUCAACGUCAGCUACUACGUGAGCCAGCGCAGCCUGGAGGCCCUGCAGCUCGCCAUGGGCGUGGCCCUGGGUGGGACUCGGGGGCCGCCGGGGGGGCGCAGCGACCGCAGGGACAGCGGCGGGGAGGAGGACGAGGUGGAAGAGGACGAAGCUUUGGAGGCCCAUCAGGGGGACUGAGCCUCCUCGGGCUCUCCUCCUCUUCCUCCUCUCCCUGCCUCAGCUGGGGAGGCCUCCACAUGGCAGCUUGCGCAAGCUGCACAGGGGCCCCCUGCCUUACCAAGGUGCCAUCUGUGAUGAAGGGGAGGUCCUCACGCUGAGGGUGAGGCUCCUAGUCCUACCAGACCCCUGGACAGUUGUGUCCCGCAGCCACCCUUGGGAGAGGGGGAGAGAGACCACGUGAGCACCACCUCUCUAUACGUGGAACAGGACCCAGAGCAGUACACCGCUUUGACUGGGAGCAUUAUGCCAACACCAAUCCAUCAAGAGAAAUGCACAGGAGAACCAGAGCGCCUCCGUUUUCUUCCACCCAGCCUCCCUUAAUCUGUCUUUUAUAUUCAGCUCUCUCUGAAGGGAUCUUUACUGUUUGCAUGCCUUAUCCCUCAGUCGUUUGCUAAUGAGACUGGCUCUGGGUUCUUUAGAUAAGACGAACAUCUAAAUAUUUAUUUUACUAUACGUAUAUUACAUCCUAUACUUUCCCUGUAGAAAAUGUUGCAUUGGACAAAUCAAAUGUAAAAUUACCCUCGACCUUAUCGAACCGCAACAAAGGAAAAUAAUUGACUUGACUUUCAACUUAAUUUUGAAGGGAAAUUCCACUGGAACUAAUCAUGAACUUAAAAUACAGAGAAUGCUAAAUUUGGUUCUUGUUUAAAAUUGCUUACUUUCUAAUUUGUGUUUAAAAAGGCUGAGGCCUUUGUUUAAAUACUCAGUGGAGAUGCACUAUGGGAUAUCAGGCUUUCUCUCCGAAGUGUCCAUUUUUGAAAGGGCUGCCAACUGUUCUCAUUUCCCAUGGGUGUCAACAAUCCAGGGGUACCAGCACUCCCAUCAUGCAUUGUUCCUUUGAGUUUGCAAAGGUCACAGCCUUGAUGAAAAUGAGUUUUAAAAAAGCAAGCAAUUUUGAAACAUCAAUUCAAACCAUAAAUUCUUAAUUCUUUUUUUUCCUUUUCCCUUUAAAUGUUUGCAUGUCUGUUUCAAAAGCAUUUUACCUUUCUUGCACCGGUCUACUGUUUGUCUUUUCCAAAAUGGCUUUAAUUAAUGAAUCCUUUACGAAUCUUGCCAUUUCUAGAGCCUGGGUAUUGAUCCGUCUUUUUUGGGAGGCACCUGCAUUGGAGUAAGUAUAAGAUUCAAGAGCCAAUGUUUCUCCCGAGCAUGUACAUUGAUACUUGUUCUUCUCCUUAAUUAACCCUCCAAGUGAUCUCAGGGAAACCACAAGGUCUAUAUACCAAGGUCCCCUUCAAAUCAUCGCUGAUGCAGAAAAACCUUGAUUUUUAAUUCACUACACAUAAACUAUGUACUCAAAUAUGAAUAUAUAAAGUACAGUGUGUCAGAUGUUUACACAGUUUCAAAUUGUGUGCAUUGUGUGUUCAUUCUUCUUUUUAUACAUGUGCAGCAAUGUGUCUGCAUUCUGGAAAUGUAGAGAUAUUUUUAAAGUACGUACUGUACAGUAUUCAAUUUUUUCAAUAAAAGUUUUUCUUCGGUU